GUAACCUUUUCACUGUGGCAGUCACAAUGAAUACAUAGAGUAUUUCACCAGGCUGCACUUUAUUCCACGAUUUUUCCUGUUAUCACCCGAACAUUUUCACGCUGGAAUCUAAAGUUUUGAAAAAUACAAUCACAGUUUGAAGUACCUGCUCAGAUUUUGCUCACUUUGGGGAUGGAUCUACCGCAGGAGGUGCAUAUUUUCACUGUAUCUCUGACCGCGCCGUUUGUACUCUAUGGCAUGAACAAUAUAUCAGCUUUUCAAGAGCCUUUAGUUGUGCUGGCACUUGGAGGGAUCGCUCUCCUGACUGUUUUGUUCCUGGCUCACCUCUCAGUUCGACACAUAAAAACCGUUGAUCCCCUUUUUUAUGUGUUUGCCCUCUUUUCUUUCACCUGUGUGGUUGGUCUCACUAAUGCUUUGGAGCAGGAUGGCUAUAUCGCUGGGUUCAUGGGCUUCUACAUGAGGAAGGGAGAGCCUUACUUGAGUACAGCAUAUGCCAUCAUGAUGAGCUACUGGGAUGGAGUAGUGCACUUCAUCCUUCUCCUCCUGAUGGUACACCAUAUGUUCAGAGGGAAACCAUUUCGUAAUUUGGCUCUCUUCUGGGCUGGCUCCAUGAUUGCUAAUCAGUUGGUUUUCAUCCCAGGCAUCGUCAUAGGUAAACAUGGCAAAAACAUUUAUCCAGCCUUCUGGCGCAACACACCCUUCCUGCUUUUGCCCAUAUGGGCAGCAGCCAAGCUCCUCCAUAGGCCAAGGGAGCUGCCAAUUAUUACUGCAGACAAGAUUGCAGCUGAGCAGAAGAAAGGGUUAUUUUCACGGCCCAUAGACUUACUUCUCACUGUUGGAUUACUGGGGACCAUGGCCUUCACCAUCUUCAGAGGCUUUGUCGUACUGGAGUGUCCUCUGGACAACUGUUUCACCUAUAUCUACCAGUAUGAGCCCUACCUCAAGGACAAUGUCGGCUUUCCUAAAGUCAUGAUGCUGGUCUUCCUGUUCUACGCUUUGCCACUGCUAGCAGCAUUUGUAUGUGGACUUUACAUUCCCGGGUGUACCUGGAUGCUCGACUGGACGAUGAUUUUUGCCGGAGCAUUGGCGCAGGCUCAGUGGUGCCACAUUGGCGCGUCGCUGCACUCCCGCACCCCCUUCACCUAUCGCGUUCCCAGGGACGUGUGGCGAGUUGUGAUGACGCUCAACGUGCUUUACAUGGUACUCCCCCUCAUUCUGGCACUCCGCUGUCACACCAGGGCUGCUUUCUUCCUGAAGGCCGUCCCUCAAGGACAAGCCAAUGACAAGAAGAAAAAGUAGUCGCUUUCUUACACUGGCAACUUGGUAUUGACUUUCUGCUGCAGUGUUUAAAUUCUACGAAAAUAUUUGCGAAUCCCUCUGACGGCGAGACU